UCACAUAAAUAAAUUUAAAUACGCCAGUAGUUUGACAUGUGAUAAUAAACCCAAAUAAAAGAGAGCAUCAUAUAUAUAAAUUCUCACCACCUCCUAAAUAAGCAAAUAUAAUAAUUAUCUCUCAAAAUGGGUAACAAUACUAAUAAUUACUUGAAACUUUUGGUGGACGAAUCAACAUGGUAUAACGAAAUGUUGCUGCCACAAUUUGUGCGCGAUGUGCUGCCUCACUUCCUUCAGUCAUGGCUCCGAAAUUGCAUUUGCGGUGUUUUUGUCUUUGCUAUUUCCACUCUUCUUUUACGUCUCAACUAUUGGAAAUACUACUCUUCCUCUCCAAAAGAGAAUGUGGCAACAAGAAAGGAGAUGAUGAAGCAGAUAAAGGAAUCAAUGGAAUUAAUGCCAUCGGGUGCCUUAUUUCUUACAGUAACGGAGCACCUUGCAGAAACAGGCUGGACAAGAUGUUAUACUCGAAUUAGCGAUGUUGGUUUAAUAAUCUAUGUUCUUUCCACUCUUGUUUAUCUUGCCGUCAUUGAAGUUUGGACGUACUGGAUUCAUCGAUAUAUGCAUGAAAUAAGGCCGAUCUACAGGCUUAUUCAUUCCCGUCAUCAUUCUUACAACAAGGAAAGUAGCCUUUCCCCCUUUGCAGGUUGGGCGUUGCAUCCUUUGGACGGAAUAUUAAUGGAACUUCCCCAUGGAAUAGCAUUUUUAAUGGUUCCAACCCAUUUUUUCACACACUUGGCGCUUUACCUAACGGAAGCUAUGUGGGGCGUUUUAGUACAUGGUAAAGGUUUUAAGCUACGUUGGCCUUUCAUGGAUGGAGAUUUUCAUACCAUUCAUCAUACUUCUUGUCAAAAUAAUUAUGGCAACUUCACAAUUUGUAUGGACAAAUGGUUCGGGACCCUUCGCCCUCCCAAGGACUCCAUUGACACCGCGAAAAACAAGUGACUAGAUGGAAGCUCUCGUACUAUUUAUUAAGAAGUACAUUUCAUUUUACUGUUUAAGAAAUUAUUCAAAGUUGUAUAAAUGUAAAAUGUACGACUUGGUUUGUGUACUUAGCUAAGGUGAUCCCAUUUGCAAUUUUAUUUCCUUAUGUAAGAACUUGUAUUAUAUUAUAAUGUCUUCAAAUUUGUGUUUCAAUUGUAUUUACGUAUUUCAAUGUA